AGAAGAGAGUAUAUUUGUUAAUAGAUUAUAGCUAAAUUAUUUAAAAUGUGAUCGUUUGCUACUUAAAUGAAUUCAUAUUCAUGAGCGAUGGAAUAUAUGUGAUCAUUGAACAAUUCGUAUUUCGAACUCAUAUUAAUGUCGGACCGAUGAAUCGUGUCUAUUUCAUAAUAUCACUUUCAAUAUUUACAUAGAUUUCUAAUUUAGCAUUAAUUACAUUUACAUUAACAACUGAAUUGCAUUACGAAAUUAAUUAUAUUUGUGAGUUAAAUUUCCGGCCAGUUUAUGACUUUGCGUUAUCUUUUAUUCAUUAAAAUUAAUUAGCAUAAAGAAUUCAUAUAGAUUUAAUUGUAAGUUUAGACUGGGAUAUAUUCAUAAUUUUAAAAUGAAGCGCCAUGAAUUAGUUCGUGAAACAUAAGUGAAUCGGCGUAGCAGUCGCGGCUUCUUUACAAACAGCUUUUCAUUUCUUGAUUCUCUUACCUCCGAAUUAUAGAAACUUUCCAUGGAAAGAGCUUUGACAACAAACUUGAUUUUUUUACUUCCAAUUAGAAAUAAUCAUCCAAGAUGAAAAUUGUUUGUGCUGCGUUAAAUUGCAAAUAUUCUUCAGAAAACGAGGAUUCCUCGAAUGUUACUUUUAUCAAUUUUCCCAACAAUGACACAGCCAAAGUAUGGGCAGAAUGUUGUGGCAGAUUGGAUUUAGCUACAAAAUCAAAUGCGGAAUUGCAUUCGAAUUAUUACAUUUGUUCUCAUCACAUUGAAGAUCGCUGUUAUAUAAGCAAAACUAUUCCCAUUGUUGUAGAAGAAGGAACCAUUCCCACUUUAUUUGGGACUGGCUUGACUACUGACGAUGAAGAUUCGAUAAAUAUGUUUCAUAAGGCACAGCAUCUCCAAGAAAUAAGUGACAAUGUGCCUUUAACAUAUUGCGAUAUGAAUGUCGAGAUAGACGAAUAUCAUAAUAUCUCUGUCAAAUUUGCCAAUUUAUGUCGAAUCUGUGGAAUAUCCACUUUGGAUGGAAUAGAUAUCUUUGCAACCAAGGGCAUAGAACUUAAAUUAAAAGAAAGAAUAAAUUUACAUAUGCCUAUCUCGAUUGAUGUAAACGAUUCAUUAUUACGGAAAGUAUGUACCGAUUGCUGUAAUAAAUUGGAAGUUGUACAUUCACUAGUUGUCUCAUGUCUUAGAACUGACAUGCGCUUAAAACAAUUUCUAAAUAUUGACAGAGAACCAGAAUACGAAAAUAAGUACAAUGCAUUGAUUGACGAAUGUUCCUUAGAGAUAGUCCAAGAAAUGUGUAUGGACGAUAAUUUGCAUAAUCCUAAUUCAUUUACUAUAAAUAAAAUGAUAAACUCUGAUUCAGAAAGUUUAAGAGAAUUAGAAAAUGGAGAAUGUACUGAAAUACAGAAUAAUAAUUUUCAAAGCAUUUCGAAAAAUGUGCCGUUAGAACUAAAUACUCUAAUCCAAACUUGUAGAGAAGUUAACAGUAAAAGUAAUGCAAAUGAGACUAUCACAGAAGAGAUAUUAAACUUGCAACAAGAUAAGAUCCAAAAUGGAAGUCUUAGUGUUAUAUGUCUACAAUGCCAAACUUUCUGUGAAACACAGGAAAUAUUUGAAAAUCAUAAAAUAAUUUGUAAUAAGACACAAGAUAUCUCUGAACAUGUAGAUAUGUGUAAAACUCCAGAAAAUGGAAAUCAACUUAAUCGUGAAAGAGAAAAUUUUCAGACACAUAAAAAAACAUUUUAUGAUAAGCAAGUUACUGAUAAAAACUACGAAUCAGUGCAUUGUACUGUUUGCAACCAAGCGUUUGCAUGUCAGCAGGAUUAUGAUAAUCACAAAUAUCUUCAUGAAAAUCUUAUUGAAACGAAUAAAAGAUGUGGUCAUUGUGAAAAAGUAUAUCAUGACAAAAAAAAUUUGUUAAUACACAUUAUGGAAUCGCACGAGGGACAAUUAUUAUUUAAGUGCUCUACAUGCAAUAAAACAUAUGAGAAGUGGUCUAGUUUAGAUAUUCACGAAGCUACUCAUAGAAUAGAUAAACCCUAUCUUUGCGAUCUGUGUGGAAAAAGUUUUAAGCAUUCCAAUAAUUUAAGGGGCCAUAAAAGAAUUCAUUUGGACGAAGCUAUAAAGAAAAGACACGUGUGUGAGAUCUGUGGUAAUGCAUUUAGAUCACGAUUUCAUUUGCGAGAACAUAUGAAUCAGCACGAUGAUAACAGACCCUAUUGUUGUGAACAAUGCGGCAAAGCUUUUUACAAAAGGAUUCAAUUGCGACAGCACAAAUUAUCACAUGGCUCUAAUAGGCAUACAUGUUCGAUUUGCGGUACAACGUUUAAUCGUAGAGGGAAUAUGAUCGCACAUAUGAAACGGCAUAAUAACGAUAAUGGAGGAUAUAAAUGUAGUGUUUGUGCCUACAAAUGUAAAUCUAUGAGCGAAUUAAAGAUACACAGGAAAAAUCAUACCGAGGAGGAAAUAGUGGACAGCAUUAAGAAGAAAUGUACCGAUAAGGACAUAUGGCGUUGUAAUAUUUGUAAUAAAAUAUUCUCAAAGCGCGCCAUCUUGUUAAAUCACGAGCGCAUACAUGAAGAUGAUAAGUUUUAUGAAUGUGAUGAAUGCGAUAAGAAAUUAGCAAGUAAAAGCUCGUUAAUGUAUCAUAAGAAGUCGAAACAUUUGAGAGAGAAGCCGCAUAUGUGUCAUUAUUGCGGAAAUUCGUUUGUUUCGAGAGAGGCGCGGCUAAUUCAUGAAAGGAUACAUACCGGUGAACGCCCUUACAUUUGCAAGGUGUGCAAUACGCAGUACAGAUGUUCCAGUAAUCUUAGCCAGCAUAUGAAGAUCCACACGGGUCUGAAGCCGCAUAAGUGCCAUUUUUGCGACAAAGGUUUUACGCGUAAAGGCGCGCUAACUGUACACGAAAGAAUCCACACGGGUGUUAAGCCUUAUUCUUGCGAGACCUGUGGUAAAAGCUUCUCACAGAAGAAUGACAUGUUAAAGCAUAUUAAACGCACAACUGCAGAUGGAUGCAGCGCAGUUAUUGUAACUAAAUCAUUAAACGAAAAUAAAAAUAUGUUAAAGCACACUGUGAUGCAUGAGCAAGACUCCUUAGUAAUUUCGAAUAUCAAUGCAUGAUACAUUUUUAAAUUUAUGUCAAUAAUGUCUCUUCGGAAAUUAAAUAAUUUUAGUAAUAAUGACAAUAAUUGUAUAUAUAAUAUAAUACGAUGAAAACAUCAAAACAUCAAAACGUAGAAAGAGAGCAAUUAAAAUUCAUCUCUGUCAAGUUAUUAUCAAAAAAGUCUCCUGAUUAAUACAAGUUCUUCAAGAAUGCAAGAAAUCAUCGAAUUUUGACUGAAUAUUUAUAGGAAUGGAAGUUUUAAGUUACUAGCGAAGGUACGACAAUAUAAAAACAUUCUAAGAAUAUAGAAGUCAGAUAAGAUUAUUUUAUACUGAUAAAACAAUAUUUCUGUCUGGUUAUACUAUUCUUAUUGGAGAUAUACAUUGUUGAAAGACUGAUGUGCUAUCUAGAAGCAAAAAAAUUUUAUGUGAUUGCAAGUGACAGAAAUUAAAUAUGUCAAUAUUUUCUCGAUAUAUGUUCGAAAAGCUACACAUCAGGCUUCGUAAAGCUGAUGAUUUGAUGAAGUCUGAUGCUGGUAUUUCCAUAAAAAAUAUUGUAGUUUGUUAAAACAAAUUGCAUCGACAUCUAUAAUAGAAAAAAUGAAGAUCGCUUUACAAGUCAUGAUUUAAACUUUAUAAACAAUACUCAAACUGGCUUGGCAAGCAAUCAUCUGAAAGCGUUCAUUUAUAUCUUGAUAGCCUACCCGCAUUGCUGAAAGAUGAGGAGCAAUAAAAGUCGUUGUUAUAUAUAGAAUAAUACUCUUUAUUGUUUUUGAUAGUUGUUGUUUUUCAUAUCGUGCGCUGCAGUUUCUUUUUACUCAACUUUUGUCAUUCAAUAUCCAGUUAAACGACUCCCCGUUUUACUGUCAGUUCUGCUGCUAAUAUAUUUUGGUAGAACAGUACGUGAUACAACUCCACGAUUUUAGAACAAAGAGAAACGAAAGGAAA